GUGGGCGGGGCUCUACAUCCGGGUUCCGUCGCCGACCCCUCACGUGACCCCCGCAGGAUCGCAAACAUGGCGGAGUCCUCCCUUGGGAAUCCCAGCCCAGGGGGUUCAGCAGGUUCCGAUGACCAUGACUUCGACCCAUCAGCAGACAUGCUCGUCCAUGACUUUGACGACGAACGCACGCUAGAAGAAGAGGAAAUGUUAGAGGCGACGGAUGAGACCAACGUCAACGAGAUUGCAGAUCUUGCUCGUGAAGGAGACAUGCCCAUCCAUGAACUCCUCAAUCUGUACGGCUACGGGAGCGCGUCACCGGCGGAAGAGGAUGAGGAGGAGGACGAGGAAGAGGACGAAGAGGAGGAUGAAGAGGAUGAACUGGACAACGAAGAAAGCACCAAGGGCAUUGACCAGCUGAAAAGAAACGAGGAGGAACGAGUCCAGAACUCUACGGCGUUGGUGGACGAGGCCCCGGCACCUGCUGAGGGGCGCACACGUUCUGUUCGGACCCUCGGCACUGUGGAACUGAUCCGUUCACAGAAACUCAAGUACUUUGAAAGUAAUAACGAUGCAGAGGAAGAGUCAGAUGAAGACGAGGACUAUGUUCCAUCUGAAGAUUGGAAAAAGGAGAUAAUGGUGGGGUCCAUGUAUCAAGCAGAAACCCCUGCUGGUCUAUGUAAAUAUAAAGACAAUGAAAAAGUUUAUGAAAAUGACGACCAGUUGUUGUGGAACCCUGAAUGUCUACCUGAAAACAAAGUGGUGGAGUUCCUAACAGAAGCAUCCAAGCGAACGGGUGAAGAGAAGGGAGUAGACGCCAUCCCAGAAGGGUCCCACAUCAAAGACAACGAACAGGCACUAUAUGAGCUGGUGAAAUGUGACUUUGACGCAGAAGAAGCUUUAAGGAGACUAAGGUUUAACGUAAAGGCAGCCAGGGAGGAACUUUCUGUCUGGACUGAGGAGGAAUGUAGAAAUUUUGAACAAGGACUUAAAUCCUAUGGGAAAGAUUUUCAUUUGAUACAGGCCAACAAGGUGAGAACUAGGUCUGUAGGAGAAUGUGUGGCCUUUUAUUACAUGUGGAAGAAGUCUGAGCGUUAUGAUUUCUUUGCACAGCAAACCAGACUUGGAAAAAGGAAAUACAACCUUCACCCUGGUGUCACAGACUACAUGGAUAGGUUACUGGACGAGACGGAGAGCGCCGCCUCAAGCAGGGCGGCGUCGCCUCCUCCCACCACGUCUAGCAGCAGCGCCAGCCACUCGGAGAAGGAGGACAGCAGCGGUCACAAUGGUGUCAGUUGUGUCCAUGUUGGAGAUGGUCUACAUCUGGUCCCGCCCCACCAAGCUAGACCUGAACCGCCACAGUCUAACGGACCUUCGGGCGACGCCCCGCCUCCCGCCUCAGACCACGCCUCCAACGGCUGCCAGCAUCAUGUUUCCCCAGAAAGACCUGUGGACCACAAGGACUUGGACUACACAGAGCUGGACCACAGAGGCACGGACCACCGAGUGGUGGACCUCAGAGACGUGGACCACGACAGGCCGGCCAAGAGGUUGAAGAUGGAGGCGGAGCCUUUGUCCCAAGUGGAACUUUCCAGAACACAGCAGAACUGAAGGCUGGAUUUCAGCCUAAUUGGGAAGCAAGCAAGCAGACUGGGAGGACCAGAAGAAGCUUCUGAGCCCGCCUUUGUAGACACUUAUUUUUCUACUCCAGAUAUUUAUAUUUUUAACCAAAAGGACAUCUGUCGUGCGCGCGCGCACACACACACACACACACACACACACACACACACACACACACACACACACACGCACACACACACGCACUUUGAAGGUGAAAUGAACCGAGUCAGGUUUGUGUGAGGAGCAGCUGACAUCAGUGAUGUCAUCACCGUAUGGCACGUCCAAGAUGGCGGUACUUCCUGCCUCCUCACUUCCACCAGACUGAAUGUUUGUCUGACUUUCUUACCUUCCACAAAGGAUCUAUUUUUCUUCUCCUUGGCGGACGUGCGCUUUGAAAAGGAAACUUUUCCUUUGGCGCCCUCCAUCCAGAAUGUUUAGUUGUGAUCUUCAAAGCCGCCAGUAUGACUCCUCAAUAAACCACUGAGAGUUGAAAA